GAUAAAAUUUUUGUUUGUGUGUGUCAAUUAGGGUUAGAAUUAAUUUUGCAAAGUUAUGGUUUGUUCUAAAUUAUGAUAAUGGAAAGGAAAAUAAAACUAAAAACACUGAACAGUCAUAUAACUUGUAAAAUAUGUAGGGGAUAUUUAAUUGAUGCGACAACUGUUACAGAAUGUUUGCAUACAUUUUGCAAGAGUUGUUUGGUGAAACAUUUGGAAGAAAACAACACCUGCCCAACAUGCAGCAUUGUCAUUCAUCAAUCUCAUCCAUUGCAAUACAUAAGUUUCGAUAGGACUAUGCAAGACAUCGUGUAUAAGCUUGUACCCGAUCUACAAAAAAAUGAAAUUAAUCGUGAAAGAGAAUUCUACCGUCAAAGAGGUUUACCUAAUCCUAAAGAUAUCCCACUUACAAAUGGAGAUCUACACGGCGAUGACAACCACGUAGACAACACUCAUGCGGAAAGUGACUAUCAUAGACAAGAUGAACAAGUAAAUGUGUGUUUGGAGUGUAUAAGUUCGAAUUUGAAAACGUUAAAGCGUCGAUUCAUUCGGUGUUCUGCUCAAGCGACCAUUCUUCAUUUAAAGAAAUUUGUGGCCAAGAAGGUUCUAAACGGCAUGGAGAAGUAUAGAGAUAUCGAUAUACUUUGCAAUGACGAAUUACUAGGGAAAGACCACACUUUAAAAUUUGUGUAUGUGACAAGAUGGAGAUUUCAGAACCCACCACUGACUUUACAGUAUCGACCUCGAAUCGAUAUAUAAUUUAUUUUUUAGUUAUUUAAAAAUAUAUAAUUAACUCUAAAAUUUGUACCAUUCAGAGUUAAUUAUC